AUGAGGCCGCGCCCCCGGACCAUCCGCUUGGGAAGCGGAUAUUCUACCCUUAAACUACGGUCGCCCCCAACCGGCCGUGCCAUUUGCCUGCUUCGGGCGCCCCUUAUGAGGCCGCGCCCCCGGACCAUCCGCUUGGGAAGCGGAUAUUCUACCCUUAAACUACGGUCGCCCCCAACCGGCCGUGCCAUUUGCCUGCUUCGGGCGCCCCUUAUGAGGCCGCGCCCCCGGACCAUCCGCUUGGGAAGCGGAUAUUCUACCCUUAAACUACGGUCGCCCCCAACCGGCCGUGCCAUUUGCCUGCUCCGGGCGCCCUUUAUGCGGGCGCGCCCCCGGACCAUCCGCUUGGGAAGCGGAUAUUCUACCCUUAAACUACGGUCGCCCCCAACCGGCCGUGCCAUUUGCCUGCUCCGGGCGCCCUUUAUGCGGGCGCGCCCCCGGACCAUCCGCUUGGGAAGCGGAUAUUCUACCCUUAAACUACGGUCGCCCCCAACCGGCCGUGCCAUUUGCCUGCUCCGGGCGCCCUUUAUGCGGGCGCGCCCCCGGACCAUCCGCUUGGGAAGCGGAUAUUCUACCCUUAAACUACGGUCGCCCCCAACCGGCCGUGCCAUUUGCCUGCUCCGGGCGCCCUUUAUGCGGGCGCGCCCCCGGAUCAUCCGCUUGGGAAGCGGAUAUUCUACCCUUAAACUACGGUCGCCCCCAACCGGCCGUGCCAUUUGCCUGCUUCGGGCGCCCCUUAUGAGGCCGCGCCCCCGGACCAUCCGCUUGGGAAGCGGAUAUUCUACCCUUAAACUACGGUCGCCCCCAACCGGCCGUGCCAUUUGCCUGCUCCGGAGCCGGGCGCCCUUUAUGAGGCCCUCCCCGCGCCGAAAAUUACAUGCUGUUUGCGAGCCGUAG